GCGCUUAACAGAGCGGUCGCAUUUUUGUUCAAAUCCGCGCUCCGAUUUUGAAAAGAUAAAACAGUUGAGUUGCUUCAUCUCCCACCCCCCCUCCACCUCGCAUCCCAUUUCGAAAUCUCAUUUUUUUUUUUUUGUUGUUUCUUUCAUUUUGAAAUCGAUAUCAUUUGAUUGAUUUGAAUCGUGCGGGGAAAUUUUUAACGAACGAGUGAAACGACGUUGAAUAGUGUGACGUGAAAUAUUGAAGAACAACAAACAACAACAACAAACAGAUUGUUUUAAAUGUGAAAUACGUUGGUGGAUUUUGUUGUUUGGCGGACGUUAAAGUGAGAGGUGAAAUAGGAAAAAAAAAACAAUCGUCUUUGUUUUGAUUGUUCGAUUGAAUUUGACGACGGUAGGGCAAGAUCCGAGUGUUUGAUUGGUCGGUUGUCGAGUGCUGGUGGAAGCGUCGAUCCGGCGGGAGGAGGCGGAGACGACUUUGAGAAGGAGGAGGAGGCGAUGAUGCAGCCUCGCGACGCUCACGACGACGGCGAUUGCGCAAUGGAAGAGGCAGGCGCUCUACUACUACACUCAUCGCCUUUGCCGGCCGUCAUGACUCUGACGACCAGCUCCAAGACAAACGCCUCUUCUCCAUCAUCGUCCAAUCAGCAGACAAACGAUCAGAUCAGAGACCGUCAGAGGACGGCCUCGCCGCUCUCUGCAGCCGCCGCGGAUGCGCUCGUUGGAGCCAGGAAGCGCAAAGCCAUCAGAGUAGUCAAACAUCAGCAGCAGGCAUCGAGUCCUGCGAAAGAGGAUCCCGAGCCGGAAGAGCCUAUCGUUUUGACGAGAACGAGCGACUUGGCUGGAUUCAGUGGAAACAAGACGGCCGAGCAAGGCAACACGUCGAUGGACACGGGCGUGUCAUCGGACCUGUCUGAAUCGAGGCCCAGUCUGGCCGGCGAGGAGGAGGACGAAGAGGAAGACGUUGAAAUUCUCAACGAAGACGAACGUUCGCGGGGAUCUGCUGGAGAGGAAGAAUCCGGCGGUGAGUUUUACCAGUCGACGACUCGCAAUCAUCUCCGCCGUCGCGUCGGUCGCCAUUCGGAAGAUUCCGAGAGCAACGAGUCCGGCAGCGGACACGAAGGCGGGCGGCGGUUGAGACAGAAGAAUCGGCGCACGAUGAGACAACGGCGCGAUCAAGGAAGGAAACGCCAACGGACAGCGGAUGAGAUGAUAGACGAGGAUGAUGAGAUGGAUCCUUGCGGCGGCCAUGCGGACGACUCGCGCCGCUGUCAUCCGAUCGCUCAGCAGAAGACGAGAAUUUCGAUCCUGCAAGACGCGAGUAGCGUCGGUAGCGUCGACUUCUCUUGCCGCGCCAAUACCAACAUGAUCCAUCCGGCGACCUUGGCCCGUCCCCUCAUUUCUUCCGCCCACCUAGCGGCGAUGGCAUCACACAGUUCGGCCGUCGAGAACAUUGCGUCUAAAUCGUCCGUUCUGGCCGUGGUGGAGACGGCCGGUGCGGCGGCGGCAGCCCUCCGCGCACCGUUGGCCUUGUCGACGGUGAUGACAUCUAGCGGUCGGCACGCUAACCACUUGUUCCAACACGACGAGAUGCUGACCAAUCCACCGGAAGAGUACAAGAACGAGGAGGACGAUCCUUUCUCGGCCGUCCUGCGCGAAAUGAAACUGAAAGGCGAAUUCCCCUGCAGACUGUGCGAGGCCGUGUUCCCCAACCUGCGCGCCCUUAAAGGUCACAACCGGAACCAUCUGACUCACGCUCCUUACAGGUGCAACAUGUGCCCGAGCACGAGUUUGGACAAGGGCGCUUUAAUUCGUCACAUGCGCACGCACAACGGAGAACGGCCGUACGAGUGCCGUGAUUGCCAGUACGCCUUCACGACCAAAGCCAACUGCGAGCGCCACCUGCGCAAUCGGCACGGAAAGGCCAACAGGGACGCCGUCAAAGCCUCGAUCGUCUACCACUUGAGCGAAGAUGCGAAUCGGGCGCUCGGCGGCGACAACUCCGACAACUCCGGCAGUUACUACAAGGCCAACCACAACGACCAAUCGGCUCUCGAUCUGAGCGCCGAUCGCGAUGAAUCCAUCGACGAAGAGGAGGAAUCAACUGAUUACCCAUCGGAAGAAGAAGAAGAGGAAGAAGAGAAAGAAGAAGAAGAUGGCGCUGCCAUCGAGCAAGACGGCCCCUUGGAUUUGACGGUGGACGUGUUGGAUUUGCGCAAGCGACGACAGGACCCAAAAGCCACGCAAUUUGCUUUGACUUCUACGGCCGUCGUUGCAGUCACGUCGACAUCGCAUCAUCACAACCGCAACGCUGUCGCAUCAGCACCUACGGCUGCCGUUGCGCCUACCGUUCAAGCUUCGGCCUCCGAUGUGAAGCCAGCCGUUUCCUUCGCCCCGCCCUAUUUCCCGUCGUCUUAUCCGGGCACGGUCGCCUCGCUGGCCGGACUGCCCUUCUUCUAUCCGGGCUUGGGUGGAGCCCCUUAUUCGGCUUUUUUCGAAUCGAAACUGGUCGAAAUGGGCCAUCAAAAUCCGGCCGUUGACUUGUCAGCCUUGGCUUUGGCCGCGGCUCAUCACGACGCCCUGCGUCAGGCGCAGCAAGUGCAGAAGCCGCAGCCGAGCCAUCCGGCAUCGGCUUCAUUGGUCGAAGGACUCUUGAUGCCCGCAGCCAAAAAAUUCAACGCGGACGCUGCGGAGAACAUCCGUCCCGUCGCCAUGCCCGUCGCCAUGGCCGUGGCGACCAGUCCAGUUAAAAUGGAGCCUAAAAAAUCGAGCCAUCACCACAGCAGCUCGUCGGGCCAGGCCGUUAAUGACCCCGGAGUUAAGAUGGUGCUGAAGAACGGCGUGCUGGUCAAGAAGCAGAAACAGAGGCGCUACCGGACUGAGCGUCCGUUCGGCUGCGAGCAUUGCACGGCCCGUUUCACCUUGCGUUCUAACAUGGAACGGCACAUCAAGCAACAGCAUCCGGACAUUUGGUCCAGCCGUCCGCGUGGGCACCGAAGAUCGGCUUGCGCAUUGACCAAGUCAGCCGCUCUGCCCACCAUGGUCGACUUGAAAGGUCACAUGGUCAAUUCGAUGCCGGCCGUUGCGCCGCCCAUGGCGCAGGAGGCUUCCGUCAAGCUGGAAGUGGGCGGCAAAGCGCCCAUUUCGGAGCAGGUCCGUCAAGCCGUCCAGCAGAAGUUGAAGAAGCGUCGCAACAGCGAACAUUCGGAAGACGAGGAAGAAGACGAUGAUGAAGGCGAAGAGGAAGAAGAAGAGGACGGUAACUUGGUCAUCGAUAUUGAGAGGAAAGAUCACGGCCCAGUCGGGCAGCGAACGGUGGCCAGCAAGACGGAACCGGCCGAUUUGGCCAGCGUCUCUAAAUUGCUGAACAACGCGGUGGCGCAGAGUUUCCAGCAGUAUUUCAACCAGCACCGCGAUCCCGAGGUUGAAAGCUCUGUGACGAGCGACAAGAUCAACCGGGCCAGCCCGUCUGAAGGCAACAACACGGACGAAAUGGACGAAGGCGAGUGCACGAGCAUCAGCGAUGGCCACUCGAUGGGCGGCAGCGAUUUCGGUGGCAAUCGUUCGGACAGCGGCGGCCAGGCCGUUUCGAACAUCAAAGGCAAGAAGAAAAGCGCCUAUUCGAACGCUCCUCACAGGGUCAGCUGUCCGUACUGUGCCCGGAAGUUCCCCUGGACCAGCUCGCUCCGUCGGCACAUCUUGACCCACACGGGCCAGAAGCCGUACAAGUGUCCGCAAUGUCCGCUCUGGUUCACCACCAAGUCCAACUGCGACCGCCAUCUGUUGCGCAAACACGGCAACCAUUUGCGUCACGCCGGAAGCGGCGAAACGGCCAACAACAACAGCAACAACAGCGUUGCCAGCAACGCGGCCGACAAUUCGCGCAAUGUCCCAGACCGGCCGUACAAGUGCGCCCUGUGCCCGUCGUCCACCUUCGCCACGUCGGACAAUCUGAAGAAACACGUCGAUAACAAACAUUGCCCUGCCCAUCACGGCGGAAUGAGCAGCCCGGAGUCGAUGGCUGCAGCCGACGGCGAGCCUGAGAAAGUGCACCGUCAUCAGUCCAGCAAUCCAACGAGUCCAGCACCUCAGGCAGGUGACGGCAAUUCGGCUGCGGCUGGCGGCGAACAGCUGCCUUUCAAAUGCCAUUUGUGCGAUGAUUCCGGAGGCUACGCCGAGAGGCAAGAAGUGCUGGAUCACCUCCAGCGAGAGCACAGGGACGAAUUUCACGACUUGGUGGGCAAAGUGGGAGCCCUGGUGGCCGAGCCGCCGCCCAUGCCCUCGGCGCCCACUUCGGACGAAGGCGAAGAUUACGAUUCAGUCCGCGGAAAAUUUCCCGAUUACGUAAAUAGAAAGGUGAUUUGUGCCUUUUGUUUGCGUCGGUUCUGGUCGGCCGAAGACCUACGACGUCACAUGCGAACUCACAGCGGAGAGCGGCCGUACCAGUGCGACGUUUGCUCACGCCGGUUCACGUUGAAGCAUUCCAUGUUGAGGCACAGGCGGAAGCACGGCGGUUCCGGCCAGGCUGAAGAAAGCGACGAGGAGGAAGAAGAGGAAGAAGAAGAAGAGGAAGGAUCGAUCAGUUCGGAUCAUCGAGCCAACCAACGCCAUUGCCGACGGGAAUCGUCCAGAUCUUCAGCCAAGGCUAAAGUGCGCAUGCAGGCCGCCCUCUGGAGCGGCUCUAAAUCGGGCAGCAGGUCGACGGGCGGAAUGAGAUUGCGCGGUCCUUGCGGAUCGGAUCUGAUCAGCAACUUGCUCGGCAUUCAAGACACUUCGCUAGUGGACCAGCUCAUGUCCAAACCGGCAGACGAUGCUGCCCGUCUGCUGGGCGUCACAGGAGGCAAUCGAGUUUGAGAAAUGAUUGCCAGCAGACAAAGAAAUAGUAAUUCCAUUUAUCAUUCCUAAUACGCAUUUUAAAAAACAAAAAAAAAAAAAAAAUCAAUUAAUUAACGAUUUAAAAAAAAAUAAUUUGAAUAUUGAAAUACCAAAGAUCAACGUGAAUCAUUCCUCUCUAAUUUUAUCAUUUUUGUCUUGUCUUUUGUGAAAUUUUUUUUGUUUGUUUUUUUUUUAAGAUGGAAAGGGGAAAAUGGGGGGAGGGGCUGAUAGGGUUUAGAAAUGUCUGUCUUGUUCUGUGUACUGCUGGGACACUUAGCUAUAUAUGCGUGUAUAUAAAAAUAACGAGAUCUCUUCGACAUCGAUGUGUGUUUCAACUAAAUUUGACAAGACAUGUUCUUGUUUUCUUAACUGGAGAAUACUGAUGACGUAUAUCCUUUUUUUUCCCCUCACCACUAACUAUAUAUCGAUACACAUUUUGAAAGAAAAAGAAUAGAAGAUAGGAAGAAAAGAAAAGAAAAAAAAAAUAUGGGGGUUAAAUCUUCAUCAACAAUAAUUAUCAAUUUUAGAAUGUCUGAAUUACCGAGUCAUUCGUUUCCCAAAGAAUAGCAAUAUUGCUGUGUACCUAUUAUUAUCAGACUUUUAUAUAACCUCCCCCGCUCUUUCUCUUGAACGAUGUUAGUUCCUCAUUUUUAUUUUAUUUUUUUGUUUCUGCCACUCCUCAUAUCGUAGACAGAUUUUGUUGUCGGCAAGCAACAAGGAUUGCUCUGGAUAAUUUAAUUUUUACUGCCCUAACGUAUCCCUUUUAUUGUAACAAGGAAAGAAAUCAAAUGAAAAUGCAGUACUUGACAAGUCA